AUGGCGCGAGCGUCGACGAGCGGAGGGCGCGCGGCAGUAGCCGAGCCGCUCCUACCUCCUGAUGGCAAAUCUGGGGCGCUGAUCCCGGCUGCUCACGCCUCCUGGGACGUCGGCAAGCGGGAGCCCCGCCCUUGUGUGCCGCUGCUCGACAGGUGCAAGCAUCCGGAGCGGAUUGGGCCCGCCCUGGCCAAGGUCUCCGCCAACGUGGUGGCCCUCUGCUGCCUGGUGGUGUUCCUGUGCUACGUGGACAGGGCGUACGUGGGCUUGUCUGCCAGCCAGCUGCUGGCUGACCUUGGCUGGGGCGAGGAGGUCUACGGCACAGGCGUGUCGGUGUUCUUCCUGGGCUACGUGGCCUUCCAGAUCCCCUCCACCAUGCUGAUGCAGCAGCUGGGCACGCCCACGUGGAUGGGCGCCUCGCUGUUCGUGUGGGGCUGCUCUGCGGCGGCAACCGCCUUCGUGAAGACCCCGGGGCAAUUCUACUUCGUGCGAUUCGUGCUGGGUCUUGCGGAGUCGGGCACCUUUCCCGGCGUGUGGUAUUACCUGGGCCUGUUCAUCCCUCAGAGCCGCAUCACGUUCUCGAUCGCCGCCGUGGACGUUACCUUGGUGAUGUCCCAGGUGCUGUCCCCUCUGGCCGCGGCGGGGCUGCUCAGGCUGGACGGAUUCUUGGGCAUGCACGGCUGGCAGUGGCUGUUUGUGAGCGAGGCUGCCCCCACGAUCGCCGUGGCGGCGUGCUUCUGGUUCGGGAUGCCGCGCGGGCCCGCGGAGGCCAGGUUCCUGUCCUCCGAGGACGUGGAGGCGCUGGAGGAGGAGAUGCGCGCGGGACAGGGGUGCUCGGGGUCCGGAAGCUGCAGAGGCGCCAAGCCGGUGUUCGACCAGCUCUACGACGCGCUGAUGAACCCAAGGCUGUGGGGCUGCGCGCUGAUCUACCUGUUGCGGCUGAUGGCAAUGUGGGUGCCCCGUGCGGCGCCAAUCGGGCCGGCCUCGGACGGGCCGGAACUCGGCCGCGUCCACACGCGGUACGUCAUGCUUUUCUGGUCCGUGCUGCUCAUCACGGCGAUGCGCUCCGGGGACGGCCUGCGCCCGCCCUGCCUACACGGCGCCUCCUCCUGCGAACAUGCCGUGGCCCGCGACGACACCGCAGUGCUCCUGGCCACCCUGCCUUACGGCGCCGCGGCACUGGCCACCCUUGCCAACGCCUGGCACUCGCAGGCCACGAACGAGCGCAGGCUCCAUGUCGCGCUGCCGUUCAUGGCGGGAGCGGCCAUUUUUGCGGGCAUGCCCGUAUUGGCGGACGUCAGCGUGGCUCUCGGCCUGGCGGCGCUCACGGCGGGCGCCGUGGGAGCCGUCAGCGGCGGGUCGGUGCUCACGACGAUGGCGUCGGCAUCCCUGCCGCAGGGAUCCAAGGCGUUCGGCCUGGGGCUGUACAACGCGGUGGCCAACCUGGGCGGGAUCAUUGGCCCCAUGGUGACGGGCGUGAUCGUGGAGAAGUCGGGGUCGUACAGGGAGGCGGUGGUGACGAUGGCGAUGGUGCUGUUCGCGGGUGGCUUCCUGGUGGUGUUCCUGCGCGACCCGCUGGCCCCGCAGCGCGGGGCGAAGGGCGGCGCGGGUGCGGAGGAGGAAGAAGGAGCGCCCUGCGUGUAG